GAGUCCUGUCCUCGUGUUCCAAUGUGUGCAUCGCCAUGUCAUUUGCCUAGACUGUUUCCAUUUGUACUGUGUGACUAUGCUGAAUGAUCGUCAGUUCACCCAUGACACAGAGCUUGGCUAUUCCCUGCCUUGUGUAGCUGGCUGUCCAGAUUCCUUGAUUAAAGAGCUUCAUCACUUCAGGAUUCUGGGAGAAGAACAGUACAACCGCUACCAGCGCUAUGGGGCCGAGGAAUGUGUUCUGCAGAUGGGAGGAGUGCUGUGCCCAACUCCUGGCUGUGGAGCAGGUUUGCUUCCUGAACCAGGGCUGAGGAAAAUUGUGUGCGAACCAGGCAACGGAAUAGGCUGUGGG